AAGUGUCCGGACUGGAAGGAGGUGAAAGUGUCCGGACUGGAAGGAGGGGGGAAAGUGUCCGGACAGGAAGGGGGGGAAAGUGUCCGGACUGGAAGGGGGGGAAAGUGUCCGAACUGGAAGGGGGGGGGGAAAGUGUCCGGACUUGAAGGGGGUGAAAGUGUCCGGACUGGAAGGGGGGGAAAGUGUCCAGACUGGAAGGGGGUAAAAGUGUCCGGACUGGAAGGGGGGAAAAGUGUCCGGACUGGAAGGGGGGAAAGUUUACAAACUGGAAGGGGGGGAAAGUGUCCGAACUGGAAGGGGGGAAAGUGUCUGGACUGGAAGGGGGUGAAAGUGUCUGGACUGGAAGGGGGUGAAAGUGUCUGGACUGGAAGGGGGUGAAAGUGUCUGGACUGGAAGGGGGUGAAAGUGUCUGGACUGGAAGGGGGUAAAAGUGUCCGGACUGGAAGGGGGGGAAAAGUGUCCGGACUGGAAGGGGGUGAAAGUGUCCGGACUGGAAGGGGGUGAAAGUGUCCGGACUGGAAGGGGGUGAAAGUGUCCGGACA